AUGGCCAGCUCCUCUGUUCUCGCUCGUCGAAACUCCAUCGCAGCCUCUGUCGUCCCUCCGAAGCUGACGCUCCCUUCUUCCGAUCACUUCUCGAGCUUCCCUCUCGAUCUGCAUAUCUUCCCGGCACCUUCCUACACUUCCCUCAAGGAUAUACUUCCCUGCUCUGUUCCCAAUUCUCCGGCGCCCUCUGCAGCCGCAGCCUCUAGCUCAGGAUAUCAGAUAGCUAUCCGCAAUCGCCUUGUCAAGCAAGCCGCUUGGGCGUAUCUGCAGCCCAUGUCAACGUCUCCUGGUGCUGAAUCGAGGAGCUUCUUUAGACGUACAUGGUUCCAUUUCUCUGAAUUUCUGUCCAACAACUAUUUGGUUCAAGUUGUGACCCGAUCAUUUCAGUGGCUUCUGCGGAUGGUUAGGCUUCGAUGA